AUGAAGCUCUCCAAUCAGUCGGAGGUCCCCGUCUAUACCAUCUCCGGCUCCAACACUGCGCGGCCCCUCCCCGAGUGGCUUGCCCGCCGGAGAAAGCGCAGCUUGAAAAAUGACCCGGAGUAUGCGAACCGUAUUGAGCUGCUUCAGGACUUUGAGUUCGAAGAAGCCAGCCAGUGUAUUCGAGUCAGUGAAGAUGGCGAGUGGGUCAUGAGCACAGGAACAUACAAACCUCAGAUUCAUACGCACUAUCUCCCCCAACUCUCUCUCUCCUGGGCUCGCCAUACCGUGGCUCUCAAUACUACCUUCCUCCUGCUGUCCUCCGAUUACUCGAAAUCUCUCCACCUACAGUCCGACCGAUCGCUCGAGUUCCAUACCCCUCAAGGCUGUCAUUACACCACCCGGCUCCCCAGAUAUGGACGUGACUUGGUUUACGAUAGGCAGUCAACUGAGGCCUUGGUCCCAGCAGUGGGUGUGAACUCCGACGGCAUGGGAGAGGUUUUCCGUCUCAAUCUGGAAUUGGGCCGGUACAUGCGCAGCUUCGAGGUCGAUGUUGGCGGAGACGAUUUCACUUCUGCCGGUGCAGGAACUCUGCAGGGUGGUAUCAACACGGGCGCGGUCAACACAGGUGCGAUCGCGGAAGAGAGCCACAAUCUUCUGGCGUUCGGUACCACUAUGGGUACGGUGGAGCUCUGGGAUCCCAGAGCUAAGGGCAGAGCCGGAGUGUUGCUGCCACCAACGCAGUCUGGCCCUGAUGAGGCCCGGCAUGAGAUCACGGCCUUGGAGUUCCACCGCUCAGGCCUGACCCUCGGAACUGGUUCCUCGAACGGUCUUAUCCACCUCUAUGAUCUUCGGUCACCGGUGCCCCUCCUCAAGAAAGACCAGGGAUACGGCUUCCCCAUUCACACGCUGAAAUUCCUCCAGCCAUCAACCGCCACACGUGAGCAGACAAUGGAGCCCAAGAUUAUGUCCGCGGAUAAGAAGAUCAUCAAGAUCUGGGACCCCCGGGAUGGAAGCCCUUGGACAUCUGUUGAACCGGCUGUCGACCUCAACUCCGUCGCGUGGUGCAAGGAUAGCGGUAUGAUCCUGACGGCUAACGAAGGGCGUCAACAGCAUUCGUUCUUUAUUCCCCAACUUGGUCCCGCUCCCAAGUGGUGUUCGUUCUUGGACAACCUCGUCGAGGAGAUGGCUGAAGAUCCCAAUGAUCCUAACGCUUUCAGCAGCGGUCAGACCGGCGCCGUCUACGACAACUUCAAGUUCUUGACUGCUCCUCAGUUGAAGAACCUGAACCUGGACCACCUGAUUGGCAGAACCAGCCUUUUGCGCCCUUACAUGCACGGUUACUUUGUGGCCCAGCAGCUGUACGAAGAGGCCAGAUUGAUCACCAACCCGUACAUCUGGGAGGAAGAGCGUGCCAAGCGUGUUAAGGAGAAGAUCGAUAAGGAACGCGAGAGCAGAAUCCGCGGUAAGAAGAAGGCUGCUGUCAAGGUCAACAAGAAACUGGCAGAGAAGCUAUUGAGCAUUGAGGAGAAGAACGAGCGCCGCCAAGCCCAGCGCGUCCUGAAGAGAGGAGGAGAUGACGAUAUGGUCGACGCACCCGCCCCGGCACCGUCCACAGAGGAGCCCGGAAAGAACCUAUUGGGCGACAGCCGUUUCGCCAAGCUGUUCGAGGACGAAGACUUCGCCAUCGAUGAGACGUCGCACGAAUUCAGACUUCUCAACCCCAGCACCGUCGUUGACCAGACCAAGGAGAGAAAGGAGCGAGGCCUUACCGCUGCUGAGCAGGAAGCGAUCGACGAGGUUCCAGGCUCAAGCUCCGAUGACUCCGAGUCCGAAAGCGAGCCUGAAAGGUUUUCCAAGCCAGCUUCCUCUGGGAAAAUCUCCACGGCCUCCUACAAGCGCACCAAUGGCCGUCAACCCCGGAUGGAGGUCUCCUCUUCGAAUGGUAUCGGCGCUACUCGCGAUCGCUCAUUUGCCUCGCGCGCUCAGAACAUGCAAACCAGAGCCAAGCCGUCCCGUCGUAGCGGUGUCGUCGGCGAGAGAGAAGUAACUUUCAACCCUCGAGGCAAAUCCAGGCCCGAAAACAGGGCCCCGGCACCCACCGCACCCAGCCAGAGCUUCCGCUCCAAGGAGCGACGAAGCGCCUCAGGCAACACCUUCCGGAAGAUGUGA